AUGGCAGAAAGCAACCUCCCAACAACGGGAGAAGAACUGGAGGUGAAAAAAGAGUUUUCAGCUACAGCGACAGAGAAAAGUCAAGUUACGUCAAGUGACGCUGAACUGGAUGUAGACAAUGACCCUUUAAGAGGGAUUGCGAAAGUAUGUCUCGAGGAAGGUAACAAAGAAUACACACGAGGAGAAGCUAAUAACGCGAUAAACUCCUACACGGAAGGACUCCAAGUCAACUGCAAAGAUAAACGACUGAACGCCAAGCUUUACAGCAACAGGGCAACAGCUAAUUUCCGUUUGGCAAACUACGUGGAAUGUCUGGAUGAUGCAACAGUUGCAGUUCAAUUGGAACCCACUUUAAUCAAAGCUAUUAAGAAAGGAGCCAGAGCUUGUGUCGAACUUUGCUGGUAUAAAGAAGCAAGGAGCUGGUUGUAUAUGGGAUUGGCCAUUGAAAAUAACAACAAACGUCUGCUUCAAUUACUAAGGAAAACUAAUGCUGAACUAAUAGUCAAAGCAAACAAGGGAAGAAGUUAUUGCAAUCUCGGCGUCGCUUAUGCCAGUCUAGGAGAGUUCAAAACAGCCAUCCAGUACCAUCAACGUCAUCUAGAAAUUGCUAAAGAAGUGGGAGACAAGGCCGGAGAGGGAAAAAGUUAUUGCAAUCUCGGCGUCGCUUAUUACAGUCUAGGAGAGUUCAAAACAGCCAUCCAGUACCAUCAACGUCAUCUAGAAAUUGCUAAAGAAGUGGGAGACAAGGCCGGAGAGGGAAAAAGUUAUUGCAAUCUCGGCGUCGCUUAUGACAGUCUAGGAGAGUUCAAAACAGCCAUCCAGUACCAUCAACGUCAUCUAGAAAUUGCUAAAGAAGUGGGAGACAAGGCCGGAGAGGGAAAAAGUUAUUGCAAUCUCGGCGUCGCUUAUGACAGUCUAGGAGAGUUCAAAACAGCCAUCCAGUACCAUCAACGUCAUCUAGAAAUUGCUAAAGAAGUGGGAGACAAGGCCGGAGAGGGAAAAAGUUAUUGCAAUCUCGGCGUCGCUUAUGACAGUCUAGGAGAGUUCAAAACAGCCAUCCAGUACCAUCAACGUCAUCUAGAAAUUGCUAAAGAAGUGGGAGACAAGGCCGGAGAGGGAAAAAGUUAUGGCAAUCUCGGCGUCGCUUAUUACAGUCUAGGAGAGUUCAAAACAGCCAUCCAGUACCAUCAACGUCAUCUAGAAAUUGCUAAAGAAGUGGGAGACAAGGCCGGAGAGGGAAUCAGUUAUGGCAAUCUCGGCGUCGCUUAUGGCAGUCUAGGAGAGUUCAAAACAGCCAUCCAGUACUUUCAACGUAAUCUAGAAAUUGCUAAAGAAGUGGGAGACAAGGCCGGAGAGGGAAAAAGUUAUGGCAAUCUCGGCGUCGCUUAUGACAGUCUAGGAGAGUUCAAAACAGCCAUCCAGUACCAUCAACGUCAUCUAGAAAUUGCUAAAGAAGUGGGAGACAAGGCCGGAGAGGGAAAAAGUUAUGGCAAUCUCGGCGUCGCUUAUGACAGUCUAGGAGAGUUCAAAACAGCCAUCCAGUACCAUCAACGUCAUCUAGAAAUUGCUAAAGAAGUGGGAGACAAGGCCGGAGAGGGAAAAAGUUAUGGCAAUCUCGGCGUCGCUUAUGACAGUCUAGGAGAGUUCAAAACAGCCAUCCAGUACCAUCAACGUGAUCUAGAAAUUGCUAAAGAAGUGGGAGACAAGACUGGAGAGGCGUGCUCACUCUGUUCCCUUGGAAUCAGUUUUGAGUGCCAAGGAAAUCUUACGAGGGCCUUUGACUGUUAUUACUCGAGUGUUGAAUUGUAUGAUGAUAUCAGGGCCAGUCUUCAAUUCAACGAUCAGUGGAAGAUUUGUUAUCGUAAUCAGCACCAAGUAGCAUACAAAGGUUUGUGGCGUAUAAAUCUCAAUCGAGGUCAAGUUGUGAAGGCUCUUCUUGCCGCAGAGAAAGGACGUGCUCAAGCUCUGAGAGAUCUCAUGGUCACAAAAUACCAGCCUGGAGAUUCUUUAACGCCCAGCGCAUCCCGCAUUUCUCUGAGGUGGGUUCCAUUGAGCACAGUUUUCGUAGCUAUUAGUGGACCGUGCGUUUACUUCUGGGUUUGCCUCAGUGAAAAUAAUAUCCAGAUGAGAAAAGUACACGUGAACAAUUACAAGUAUGAGGAUGAGUUGGAAUUUUUCAUCCAGCUACUGAACAAAACUGCUCUUAAGGAGAUCGGCGCAAGAGAUACUGUUACCAUCGAGAAUCCUCCGCUUGACUCGCCGACAGAAGAGGAAGUGGCCAAUGAUGUGAUCCGAGUUGAUGUGAGACACUCCCAAUCAAGUGCUUUAAAGAAGCUGCAUGACAUCAUCGUUACUCCUAUUGCUGACCUGAUCGAAGGCAACGACGAGAUCACAUUCGUUCCUGAGGGGCCAUUUUGCCUUGUACCUUAUACAGCGUUGCAGGACUCCAACUCAUCAUAUCUAAGUGAUUCUUUCAGAAUUCGUGUGCUUCCCUCCCUGACGACCUUGCAACUAAUUCAUGAUUGUCCAGCUGACUUUCACAUGAAGACUGGUGCAUUGCUUGUCGGCGACCCAUGUUUCAAACACAUCAUCUAUGAGGGAACACUUUUGGUGCAACUCCCAGGAGCAAGGAAAGAAGUGGAGAUGAUCGGACGUAUCCUAAAUGUCUCCCCCCUCACUGGAGAAAUGGCAACAAAACAGGAAGUGUUAAAACGAAUAUCAUCAGUGGCGUUAGUUCAUAUUGCAGCGCACGGUAAAAAGGAAACUGGAGAAGUUAUCCUGGCACCAAACGCCACAAGAGAAAAUCCUCAGCCGCAAGAGAAAGACUAUCUACUGACGAUGAAAGAUGUCAUAGAAGCUGGGUUGCGAGCACGUCUGGUUGUACUUAGCUGCUGUCACACUGCUCGUGGGGAGGUCAUGGCCGAGGGUGUAGUCGGCAUGGCGCGUGCACUUUUGGCUGCCGGUGCCAGAUCUGUUGUGGUAACCUUGUGGGCGAUUGGCGACGAGGGAACCCUGGAGUUCAUGAGUUUCUUCUACCAUGCACUGGCCAAAGGCAAGAAGGCAAGUGAAGCUCUCAAUCAGGCCAUGAAGUGUAUGAGAGAAAUUGAAAAGUUCAAGGAGGUGAUUUACUGGGCACCAUUUGUACUCAUUGGUGACGACGUCCAGCUGGAUUUCAAAGAUAUUUCGAAGCUGAAUUAAGUCAGUGAGCAUUGGAAUCCCAGGGAGUUUUAGGAUACCUGCACACGCUGAUAUUUGGACCAGAAACCAGUAAGCUACCGAUGAAAUAUUUGUCAAGAGUCUUCUUUUCAAAGCAGGAAGAACCAAAAGACGGCCAAAGUCAAGUCUAACAAGAGAACGGAUUUCCAUUGAUUCAAAAGUUGACUUUUUGCUUGUCUGAACUGCUCUUACGAGCUUCAUCUUUGAUAUCCUGCCGGAACAAACUUUUUUUUUUAUUUGAUG